AUGGACGCUCGAAGGAGAAGGAGGCGAGAGGAGCGAAAGGAAAAGGAUGGAGGACGAGACAGAAGAAGGAGGAAAGCGGAACAGGAGGAGAGUGAAAAGAGCGAGAAAAGGAGGAUGGAGGACGAGGAGGAGAGAGAACAAGCUCGCCCAGGCGUUUCGCUAUUGACGGUUACGCCAAGGACUGAUUAUCAAUGGGAACUCAAAUACAGGUACUCAAGCCUCACUAAACUAUUGAGGAUUACAGCUCUCUGUUUCAGAUUCGUCUCACGGGUGAGGAAGGUCCACGACUCAUUGCCUGUUAGACACAUCUCUCCAGAGACCUUGGAGAAAGCGAGGCUCUUCUGGAUUCAGGCAACUCAAGCAACAUACUUCUCUCACGAGCUCAAGGCGCUACAAGCAGACUCACCGUUGGCAAAGGCACACUCAUUCAACCGAUUAACUGCGUACAUCGACGCUCAAGGAGUCAUUCGCGUCGGCGGACGACUCGCUCACGCAGCUCUCUCACUCGAUGCGACACAUCCUGUAAUAUUGCCUCGUCACUCUCAGCUAUCAUCAUUGAUCAUCGCUCACGCUCAUCAACGGACUCUACAUGGAGGCACGCAGCUUACGCUGUCGCACAUCCGACAACAAUACUGGAUUCUCGGCGGGAGGGCUCCUGUCAAGUCUCACAUUCUGCGGUGUGUCACGUGUGCUCGGCAGAGGGGGAUCCGUGCUCAUCAAUUGAUGGGCCAACUACCUCUCUCUCGGGGUACGCAGGCACGACCGUUCACUCAUACAGGUGUGGACUACGCAGGGCCACUCACCGUCAAAACAUGGAAAGGAAGAGGUGCCAAGACCACUAAAGACUGGACUUACGUUUUUGUCUGCUUCUCAACUUCAGCAGUACACCUCGGGGCGGUUAGUGAUUACUCAUCCGAAGGGUUCAUUGCCGCCUAUCGACGCUUCUCAUCCAGACGCGGCAUCGCUCACACCUUACAAUCAGACUGCGGCACCAAUUUCAUCGGCGCGGAUACGGCUCUCAAACGGUUCUUUAUCCAGAGCACUCAAGAACAUCAGCGAGUUUCUCACCUGCUCUCGCAACAUAACAACCGAUGGGAAUUCAAUCCCCCAGCGACACCUCACAUGGGAGGAAAAUGGGAGGCCAUCGUGAAACCAAUCAAAUUCCAACUACGGCGCACCAUUGGAGAAGCCGUACUCACCUUUGAGGAACUCACCACAUUGCUCACUCAAAUUGAGGCAAUGCUCAACUCGCGACCUCUCGAACCAUUGAGUGACGACUCAGAAGACAUCUCUGCACUCACGCUAG